AUGCCAAAUACCGGAGGGGUCCGGGCAAGCAAAAGAAGGGUGAUGGCGUCGGCGGUCAUGUCCGGACUGUUGUAUGCGGCCGAGGCAUGGCAGGCGGCAACGAAGUGGGCGAGUGCGAUGGCCAUCAUGAACCGGGUGAUCAGGCUGCUGGCAGUCCGGAUAUGUAGCGCAUAUAGGACGGUGCAGGCCGACGACGUCAUGGUGGUGGCUGGGAUUCCCCCCGCGGAAGUACUCUGUAACGGCAGAGCGAACGGGUGGAGCGAGGCGAGGAGAACGGAGGAGUGGCAGUCACUUUGGCGGACGAGAGUGUCAUGGACGAAGACACUGAUACCGGACCUGACAGAAUGGAAGGAUAGAAGCCACGGGGAAGUGGAUUACCACCUCACGCAGCUGUUAACGGGGCACGGCGAAAACGGGGUGUUCCUUGCCAAGAUCGGCAAGAGAGUGGACGAAAGGUGCCGAGAUUGCGGACAGCGAGACCAUCAGGGGCACGCAGCGUUUGAGUGUCAGAGAUGGGCGGCGGAGAGGGCGGUGAUGGAAACCGAGGUGGGAGUGCGACUAGGGCCACACAACCUAAUAAGCACGAUGCUGCGAGACGAGGCGAGUUGGGGCGCGAUAGCGCGGUACUGGCGGGUAGUGUGUAGUGCGAGAGAGAGGGACUCGUGGAGUAGGACAUAG